AAAGAACGAACAACCCCUAUUAGAUCAUAACAUAGAUCAUAGCAUAGGAAAUUUUGAGGACUCUUUCACCUCUCUGGUUUCAAACCCUAGACUCUAGAACCUUCUCUUUCCCCCGUCUCUCCCUCUUUCACACCCGCGCAUUAGCUCUUCGCUGUCUAAAUGGCGUCUCCGUCUCAAGCGAGCCUUCUCCUACAGAAGCAGCUCAAGGAUCUCUGUAAAAAUCCCGUCGAUGGCUUCUCAGCCGGUUUGGUGGAUGAGACCAACUUGUUCGAGUGGAGUGUCACCAUUAUUGGGCCGCCGGAUACUCUGUACGAGGGAGGAUUCUUUAACGCAAUCAUGACCUUCCCAUCUAAUUAUCCAAACAGUCCUCCAACCGUGAGGUUUACUUCAGAGUUAUGGCAUCCAAAUGUAUAUCCUGAUGGAAAAGUUUGCAUUUCAAUUCUUCAUCCCCCUGGUGAUGACCCAAAUGGCUAUGAGCUUGCAAGUGAGCGCUGGACACCAGUACAUACGGUUGAGAGCAUAGUGUUGAGCAUCAUAUCAAUGCUUUCAAGUCCUAACGAUGAGUCCCCUGCAAAUGUAGAAGCUGCGAAAGAAUGGAGAGACAGAAGGGAUGAUUUUAAGAAGAAAGUGAGUCGAUGCGUGAGAAAGUCUCAAGAAAUGUUGUAAAAACAUGUCUCACAACUGCAGCUUUCGUCAUCAUCGACUACUCUCGGUUAAUGCCAAAAGAUGUCGUGUUCCAAUCUUCUGUGGAAAGGCGUGGGGCUCUCUGUCCGUGGCUGGACUAUUUAAGGCUCCAUGUACAACUGCAAUUGAAGUUUUCCUUGGCAAUUCAUUAACUCUAUGAUGUCUGCUCUUUCUUUUGAACAAAUACAAUAUGGUGAAAUGCAAAUGACUCGGUAUGACUCCUC